ACAUGUGAUCACUGACCCACACAGGAAGGAGAAGAACCAGUAUGAGUCAGAAGAAAGAGAUUCACUCUCUCAGACAAUAUCCAAAAUGCCUUGUAAACUGCUAAAUAUAUGUGAGUAUGAAACACAUAAACUGGUCCGAAUACAAAGUGUAAGGCUGGGAUCGCUGAAAUGGGCAUUUAACGGAGUCAUACUGAUGUUCAUCUGCAUUGUAAUGUUCUGGAACAAGGAGUACCAAGAACACGACUAUGUGGUCAGCUCUGUUACUGCUAAGGUCAAGGGAGUGGCCAUGACCAGCUUGCCAGAUGUUGGUGAUAUAGUAUGGGAUGUUGUAGAUUACAGUGGGCCAUCACAGGGAAAGAAUUCAUUUUUCGUGGUGACCAAUGUCAUUGUUACAAAAAAUCAAAGGCAAGGAAAAUGCCCUGAGGUCCCUCCUUACGGAAAAGUGUGUUGGACAGACAAGGACUGCGUGAAGGGGUUCUGGGAUCAGAACAGCCACGGGGUUCAGACAGGUGCAUGUGUGAAGUUUGAUGUAACACAGAAAACAUGUGAGGUGUCUACAUGGUGCCCCAUAGAGACCAAGAAAAAGCCCCCCAAGCCUGCUCUCUUGGCAUCAGCUGAGAACUUCACAGUCCUCAUCAAGAACAACAUCAGAUUCCCAAACUUUAACUUCAUUAGAAGGAACAUCCUCCCUGAGAUGACGGACAGCUACCUGAAGCACUGCCAAUUUAACAGGCGUACAGACCCCUGGUGCCCCAUCUUCCGCCUCGGGGACAUUGUGUUGGAGGCCAGAGAGAACUUCUCAGAGAUGGCAGUUGAGGGUGGCGUCAUUGGGAUUCAAAUUAACUGGGAUUGUAAUCUGGACGGGUUCUUGCGGAACUGUCUGCCCAAAUACUCCUUCCGCCGGCUGGAUGAGAAGGAGAGCAACAGAACUCUGUACCCUGGUCUCAACUUCAGGUUUGCCAGAUAUCAGACAGAGAAAGGUGUUGGGGAGAGAACCCUGUUUAAAGCGUUUGGGAUCAGGUUUGAUGUCAUGGUGUUUGGAAAGGCAGGAAAAUUCAGCAUAAUCCAACUGAUCAUCUAUAUUGGAUCAACUCUAUCCUAUUAUGCACUGACCACUUUAUUCAUUGACUGGCUCAUUGGGACCAGCUGCUUCUCUAAAGAAGCCAGACAGAACUACUCAGAGAAAAAGGUUGAAUCUGUUCAGGACAGACAACAGUGCAUUCUCUGUGUCUCGUUUGUGGACGAUAACCAUAUAAGAGUGGUGAAAAGAUCACAUAGAAAAAGUUUACAACAAGUGAAGCCCAUGUCCGUUCACCCAUUCAAGGACGACAUAAGGCACCUGAGUGCCAUGGCUGGUGUAUUGCAGAAAGGGCACAUCAUAGACAAGCAGCCCCAGGCUCUCUCUCGGCCCAGCCGUCCAGCCUGGUGUAUGUGUGGCUGCUGCCUCCCCUCCACCCCUCCCCAGGAGCAGCUGUGCUGCAGGAUGAGCAGAGGUCGCUGCAUCACCACCUCUUCCCUGUUUGAACAGCUGGUGCUGAGUCGGCCCUUGCUGGAGGCAGUGUUGCUGUACAGAGAACCCCUUUGUGAGCUGACCGAGGGGGAGCAGUGGACCACCGCCCUGCGUCACUGCGCCUACAUUCAGUAUAUCACCUGGAGAAUUGGGGCCCCACCCAGAGAAAGCCUCCCUGUCAUACCCAGUUGUAGUGUGUGGAGAAUCAGAGAGGAAUACUCCAGCCAAGAUGGAGAGUACACUGGCAUGAGACCCAGCAGAACUACUUCUCCCCAGUCCAGCCCUAACACAAAGCUUUAGGGAAGAGGGAGAGUCAGUGUUCUAGAAAGCAGUGUUCUACAUAGAAGCUCCAUCAGAGACUGGUCCUCAUCAUGUAGCAGCUGUAUCAUGCAUUUGUACUGGUGUAUUUAUCUAAUCUUCCAUUCUGCAUUAAGGUUAACAUUUUCAACUUGAUCAUUAUCCUCGCCUGUAGAUAUUGUGUUUAUCCAUCCCACUGUCUAGAGACCCUGAAUGAUGAAGAGGGCUCCCAAGUGGCGCAGCGGUCUAAGGCACUGCAUCUCAGUGCUAGAGGCGUCACUACAGACCCUGGUUUUAAUCCAGGCUGUAUCACAAUCGGCCGUGAUUGGGAGUCCCAUAGGGCGGCGCACAAUUGGUCCAGCGUCUUCGGGUUUGGCCGGGGUAGGCCGUCAUUGUGAAUAAUUUGUUCUUAACUGACUUGCCUAGUUAAAUUAAAGGUACAAUACAUUUAAAAAAAUGUAUUUAAAAUAAAAAAUAUUGCGGAAGAUCCAUUAUCUUAGAUGACAAUGAACUGGAGCUAACUGGAGAAGGGAAUUGUGUUAUCAUUUUGUUGACUGUCUGCAGACAUGUAACCUAUUUCAAUUAUUUUUUAUAUUGAACAGAUCUUUUUUACCAUGUGCAAUAAAUGUAAUUUGGAAAAUA